UAUAGGUGAGGCCAGUGCCAAAGUAAACGCUGUCGAAAUCAGUUGUGUUUUGUGAGAAUGUCCGACUCAAAGAGCGAGAUAGUGAACCCCAACGAACAUCUAAUCAUACCCGAUUGGAUAACCGAAAAGUAUUUCAAGGAAGUGCUCGACAAAGACGAACCUGACCAUGUUAAAGUGCUCAAGUUUACGCCAGUGGCGGCGAUUCCUCCAGGAGAGAAUUUUACCUCGAUAAUGCUGCGGAUACAUAUCGACUUGGAGAUGAAAGAUGGCAGUACCAAACCAAAGACGUACAUCUUCAAGACGGUGCUGGCCAGCGAUAGAGGUGGCGAAGAAAUCGACUUAUAUGGCCUGUUCCCCAAGGAACAGAUCAUGUAUAGUAAGUAUCUGCCAGCCUUCGAGGCACUCUAUAAGGAGGCUGGUGAGGAUAUCCAGUUGGCGCCCCAGUGUCUGCAUACUGAGACCCGUGAGGGUAACAUUCACUUCAUCUUCGAGGAUCUGGCGGUGAAGAAGUUCAAGAACGUCGAUCGUAUCAAGGGUCUGGACUUGGCACAGAUGAAGCACGCUCUGCGUAAACUGGCCGAGUUUCAUGCAGCUGGUUCGGUAUAUCAGGAGAGGAACGGUCCUUAUUCUAGUGAAUUUUAUGAGGGCUUUGUUUCAACUAACGCCGAAAAAUUCCUCAGAGACGGCUUCAGGAUCAAGGAGCGAACUUUCAAAAAAUCCAUGUCCACAUGGGGCAUGCCAGAUGCCGAGAAAUUUAUCAAGAAUUUCCCCACUGAAGAUCAAUAUUUGGCCCAAUGCAUGAGCACUCUAGACGUUGAUCCUGAGGAAUUCAAUACUUUAACCCAUGGCGAUUUCUGGUCAAGCAACUUGAUGUGCAACCAUUUGGCCAAUGGAGAUGUGAAUCAACUAAUAUUGGUCGACUUUCAAAUCUGCAAAUGGGGCAGUCCAGCCAUAGAUCUUUUGUUCUUCAUCACCUUAUCGGCCUCAAACGACAUACGCUUGAAAGAAUUUGAUAACUUUAUCUGCAUCUAUUGGGAACGCUUAAUAGAGUGCCUGAAACUGUUGAAAUAUAAGAAGCCUUUGCCAGAGUUAAGAGAACUUCAAAGUUCCCUCUACAAAAAGAAUAAUUCAUUCUACGCUUUCUUUGCUUUGAUGAAUCAUCUGCCUCUGAUCCUUUUCCCUUCCGAUAAGGACAACAAUCUGCACUCGAUGUUGGCUGAAACGGAGGAGGCUGAGAAUUUACGAUUGCGCCUUACCUCAAAUCCCUUGUAUGGCAAGUCAUGAAGGAUUUGUAUCCAUUUUAUUACAAUCGUGGACUAUUUAAUUUCGAUGAUUAUAGCAAAAACUAAUUAUAGUUGGAUGAUAAAUAUCUAUGAACAAAAUAAAAUUAUAUUGAUAAUGUUUA